CUACAUUAUUACAUAUAGACAUGGCAUAAAUUUGGCUUACACAACAGAGAAACCCUGAUAAAAGUGAACUAGCUAAGUGGCCAGGAAAACAAAAACAAAGAGACAAGUCAUGAGUAGAUCUAACCCUCUGAGGCUGGGCCUGUCACACAUAGAAUAGUCCCAGAGAUUUGUAAGGCCUAUAAGUCUAAAACCUGGCUUUAUGAAUGAGAAAGAUGUGUUGGAGAACGAAAGUGAACUUAGACCUACCACUGAAGAAGAUUUGGAAAGAGUCGAGGAAGAAGUAGUGGAGAUAUCGGGGGAGGGAAUUGAUGAGCUAGCAGAGAAUUCAUCCACAGAGGAGACAGUGACACCUAGGACGGUUGUUCAAUCAACCACACAGAAAAAGAAAGAUGUGUUGGAGAACGAAAGUGAACUUAGACCUAUCACUGAAGAAGAUUCAGAAAGAGUCGAGGAAGAAGUGAUGGAGAUAUCGAGGGAGGGAAGUGAUGAGCUAGCAGAGCAUUCGUCCACGGAGGAGACAGUGACACCUAGGACGGCUGAACAAUCAACCACACAGAAAAAGAAAGUCUCAUGGUGGAAGUUGACUGCCAUUGCAGCUGGCUCUGUGGUGGGUGGAGCUACUGUUGUUGCUGCUGCACCACUUGUAGUGGCUGGUCUCGGCUUCACAGCUGGUGGGAUAGCAUCUGGAUCCAUCGCAGCAUCCAUGAUGUCAGCUAUGGCUCCCACUAUGGCCGGAGGAAUUGUGGCCACACUACAGUCUGUUGGAGCUGCUGGGUUCAGUGCUGCAGGCGUUGCGGCCCUGGCUGGUGCUGGAGGCACUGCAGGAGCAGCAGUGACUGCAGCAUUGGCCAGUAGGAGGGAGAACGAGAAUGAGAGUUCCGAGAUUGCUGAAGAUGAAACUACGUGAAGAUGAUACUUAUUAAAAGUGUAUAUACAUGCGUAACAUUAUGUAGCUCAGUGUAAUUAUGAACAGUCUGACAUCUUAUCACCAUUACAUUCCUUAAAUUAUA